AUGCAACAGGAUCCGUCGAGCCAGGAGUAUGCAGACGAGGUCGCUCGUCUACGUGCGAGCGAGUCUGACUCUGAUGCUGAACUUUUGGAAAACCUAGGCUAUAAGCCAGUAUUACAUCGUUCAUACACGCUCUUCCACAAUUUCUCGACCACAUUUGCGGCUGUCAUCGCAGAGAUAUGCUCUUCCCUACCUCUUGCCGGAUCUAUUUACCUCUGGGCUGCCGAGGCAGGAGGACCUAGAUUCGGACGAUUUUUCGGUUUCAUCGUGGCUUGGUGGUCUACCACUGCCUGGACAACUUUCUGUGCCAGCAACACCCAGGGUGCCGUCAACUAUCUCUUGGCCGAAAUUGUGGUGUUCAAUGUUGACUACCCAUCGGACUCGGACCAUAUCAAGUACCGCGCUGUUCAAUGGGCAGUGACCGAGUUCAUGCUCGCAGUUGCUUGCAUUGUUAACCUGCUUCCUCCAAAAUACUUUCGCUGGAUCUUUUAUGCAUCAUCCGGGAUGGUAUUGCUGGACUUUGUGCUCAAUAUGAUUUGGCUGCCUAUCGGAGUGGCUCAGACAUACGGCUUCCGUACUGCUCAUGAGGCAUUCAUGACUACGUACAAUGGCACUGGAGCGCCUGCCGGCUGGAACUGGUGUUUGUCCUACCUGGCUACUGCUGGUAUCUUGAUUGGAUUUGAUGCCUCUGGCCACGUCGCAGAGGAGACAAAGAACGCCAGUGUUAGUGCAGCCAGGNGUAUCUUCUGGAGCACUGUGGUCAGUGGCAUUGGCGGGUUUAUUGUCGUCAUACUGUUCCUGUUCUGCGUGGUAAGUUAUGCUGCUUUCCUGGUAGACUGCAAAUUUGCUAAUGACAUGUCUAGCNCUGAUGCAGACACUUUCUUCCAGUUCGGUUCUGAGCAGCCAUUCGUCCCCCUGUAUGCCGUAGUCCUCGGCCAGGGCGGGCACGUGUUCAUGAACAUUGUCUGUAUCGUGGCUCUUUGGUUCAACACUGCAAUUGCCGUUCUCGCCGCAUCGAGAUUGGUGUUUGCUGUUGCAAGAGAUGGCGUUCUUCCUUUCUCUGGAUGGGUCUCUCAAGUAUCGAAUGGACAGCCCAAAAACGCCGUCAUUGUCGUCUGGGUCGUUUCAGCCAUUAUCAGCUGCACGAUCCUUCCAUCCAGCACUGCAUUCACCAGCCUGGUUUCAGCCGCUGGUGUUCCUUCGGCCGCUGCAUACGGUCUGAUCUGUCUCUCAAGACUUGUUUUCACACCGAAGACAUUCCCCAAGCCCAGAUGGAGCCUCGGAAGACUCAGUAAGCCCUUCCAGUUUAUCGCUAUCUUCUGGAACGGUUGGGUUGUUGCCGUCUUGUUCUCGCCGUAUGCUUUCCCUGUUACGGCUGGCAAUCUGAACUACGCUCCAGUAAUCAUGGCGAUUGUUACGAUAUUCGCUAUUGUGUCGUACUUUGUCAUCCCUGCAGAGAGAUGGCUGCCAUCUCAUAGAAUCCAGCAAACGCUCGAGGCAGAGGGACCCAAGUCUCUUCGUGUUGAAACCAUUGCUCAUGACUAG